UUUGCGACGUCCGCCAACACUGCUCCAUUGUUUUUAUACGAAAAAACAUAAAAUCAUCCGCCGUCCGACUGAUUGUUUUUCUUCCUGCCCCCUCGUUAACUAAAUUGGAAUUCGACAGAGCCCGUCUCUCCAGCUUUUCCGGAGAGUGUGCAAUGAACCUAACGGAGCAGAAUCCGUACGGAAACGGGCUGCUGUACGCCGCUUUUAAUCAAGAUCAGGGAUGCUUUGCCUGUGCGACGGACACAGGAUUCCGGGUGUACAACUGUGAUCCGUUGAAGGAGAAGGAGCGCCAGUACUUUCCAGAGGGUGGUCUCAGCCAUGUUGAGAUGCUGUUCCGUUGCAAUUAUCUGGCCCUAGUGGGCGGUGGCAUCCGGCCGCUGUAUCCACCCAACAAGGUGAUUGUGUGGGACGACCUGAAGAAGUCACCGGCCAUAUCGCUGGACUUCAAUCAGCCCGUACGGGCGGUGCGACUACGGCGGGAUCGGAUCGUGGUUGUGCUGGAGGGCGUAAUCAAGGUGUUCACCUUCACCCAGCAGCCGCAGCAGCUACAUGUCUUUGAGACCAGCUCCAAUCCCAAUGGAUUAUGUGUGCUGUGCCCGCACAGCAACAAGAGCCUCCUCGCAUUUCCCGGCCGACGCACUGGCCACGUUCAGAUCGUUGACCUGGCCAACACGGAACGCGCCCCACUGGAGGUGAUUGCCCACGAGGCGGGCAUCAGCUGCAUUGCCCUGAAUCUGCAGGGCACGCGACUGGCCACCGCCGGCGAGAAGGGCACCCUCAUUCGCAUCUUCGACACGGAGAGCGGAAAGAAGGUGUCCGAGUUGAGACGGGGCAGCAACCAUGCCAAUAUCUUUUGCAUCAACUUUAACCAUCAGUCCACCAUGGUAGUGGUCGCCUCCGACCACGGCACAAUCCAUGUGUUCAACCUGGAGGACAACAAGCCCCGUGAAUCCUCGCUGCCCAUAAUACCCAAGUAUUUCUCGAGCCAGUGGAGCUUUGUCAAGUUUUCAAUACCCCAGGGACCACGUUGCGUUUGUGCCUUUGGAGCCGAUCCCAAUUCGGUUGUGGCCAUUUGUGCGGACGGCCAUUAUUAUAAAUUCCUAUUCAACAACAAGGGCGAGUGCAGUCGCGACAUCUGUACCCAAUUCCUCGAGCUGCAAGACGACGAGACCUAGAAACCAAGUCCAAGAGGCGUUAGCCUUUGCUGCAUCCACAUACAAUUAUAUAUCUCCCUGGAAAUGUGUUAUACAAUAUUACUUAUAAGCAUGCUUUAAAAUACGUUAAAAGUCGAGUUCACAUAAAAAGUAGUUAAACAUUGAGACUA